AAAAGAAGCUUUUUUUUUAUUCCUGUGGAUCUUUGCUCAGAUAUUCACAUGGACAAGGAGAUGGGUCUCAAACAUUCGUUUCUUUUUCCCUUUCUCUUCCCUUCCAAGUUUCCAACUUUGAUUCUCUUUUAACUGAAAAACCAGAGCCCCAAACUCAUACGUUGUCUAACACCUUCCCCUUUCAGACCAAGUCCUUUGCCCCAAAUCUUUGUCACAAAAACCCCAACAAAAAACUUCGAAGGUCCCAUUGAAAAUAACCCAUUUCGAAAACCAAUUCCAACCAUGCUAUUUUGAAACAAAAAAUGGCUAGUUGUCCUCAAAACUCAAUCUUGUACAACGGUACCCGUUGUGCUUGUCAAGUUGGUCGUUUUCUCAAUGUUGCUGCCAACAGUUGUAUUACUUAUACUGGGAAUUCAGCUAUUAAAACUGAUUCUGGGAUUGAUUAUUAUGCUAUUUCGAUUCCAAAGAACAUUUUGUCAUUUGAUUCAAUCAAGAAGUUUACUCAAUCCCAAGCUGUUUUCUUGGAAGCUACGCUUGUGAUGCUGCUUUCUUGGCUUGUUUUUUGCUUCUUUUUGAGGUUUAUGAAGCUUGGUGAUGGAAGAAAUGUUUGGUUUAAGAUUAGGUGGUGGAUUAGUCGUUUGGAUGUUUGCUUUGCUACUAGGCAUUGGCUGGAUGAUCAAAAAUUGGUUGUGAAACGGAAAACAGAACUCGGUGGAACUUUCUCGAUUGCUAGUUGGAUACUUUUCACUGGGCUGUUUGCUGCGUUGCUUUACCAACUCAUCGCAAAGAGAACCAUUGAAGUACAUAACGUGAAAGCGACAAAUGCGCCUGACCUAGCUUCCUUCAGGAAUGACGUUGAAUUUAACAUGACCGCUGUUUCUAGUAUGAGUUGCUCGAAUUUACGGAGUCCUACUACUUUACUUUCUGGAAGUUCCGGUUUCCUUGAAGACAAAUUUCUCCCUAUUUCGGAUAUUCUCAAUGUUUCAUGUCAUAACACAAGUUUAGGGCCAACUAUAACUCUCAAGUGCAGCAAUUGUCGACUCAAUCAAGAUUUUAUGUCCAUUUCAUGGCAAUUUGUUGAUCUUCCGAACAGCCCUGCAAGUGCUGUAGGUUUUCAGUUCAAUGUAACUGCAAAAGAUCAUAUUAGGAGGGAUCAUGUGAGUUUCGUUAGUGGAACAUUGAUGAAUGGAAGCAACUUUGAUAAUAGCCCGGUUACAUUCAGAGGGACAGACACAAACAUAUUGAUAUUCAAUUUGUUUCCCCGUAUAUACCGCAGUGCAAAAAAUCUGAGGCUAAUUCAACCUCUCUUUCAUGAAUUCGUCCCGGGGUCGUCUUUGCGUGACACUUCUCAGCUCCGAGCCUCACUUGAGAAUGCUAAUGAUGGACUAAUCAACACUACGUUAUACGUCAACUAUCUUUCUUCCUACAUCAUUGAGACCGAAAAUCAAAAUAUAAUAGGUGCUGUGGGUUUCCUUGCCGAUCUUGGUGGGUUAUAUUGCAUUAGUAUGGGGAUAUUUUUCUAUCUCUUGGUGCAAUGUGAGUUUAGAAUAAAACGGCUUCGCAACGAAGAUAGCAUUUUACGGAGGAUCAGAAAUAGAAGAAAAGCUCAAGAACACUGGGAUAAAGUGAGAAAAUAUGUCAUGUACACGUGGAAUUGCAGUGCAUUGGAUGUUGACAACCACUCUAAAACAGAACCUGGUUGUGGUUGUUUCCAACUUCCAUCGGGCCCUGGUAAUGGAUCUGUUCGUGGGGGUGGGUCAUCGAGGAAGCGAAAGCAGCUACGUGAGACAGAAUUAAGUUUUCACAAGCAAGUCUCCAGUGAAAAGGCCCUCAAACACAAUACACGUGGAUCAGCUAAGGCUGAGACGAAACAUUGCAUCGGUUCAAAAGAUGCAGUUGCUAUCCAGCAUCAAGCAUUUGCUCUCGAUGAUGAUAUAAUUCCACCGCCUCCGACACUAGAAUUGAAGUCCGGUUCGGAGAUUGAGUUGUCUGAUAUACAGAAGAAUUUCCAGCGUUUAUAUGACUAUAAUGUCAUGCUGAGAGAGAAGUUCGUAGCCACCCAGUCUUUGCUUCGCGAUUUAGCAGCUAAGUCCCCAUCUCCAACAACAGAAAGGCAAACAUAACAUUGCUGAAUUUAUUCAAUCAAAUGUUCUCUCCUUGUAUCCCUAGAUUUUCCUGGGGUCUUUUCAGACCUUUCCCGGAAGCAAGCAGAAAAGGGUGUUUUAAGUUUAGUCCUGUUGAUUCAACACAAUCACCCUAAGGAGCCGGCAUUCAACAGGUUCGUGUUAUUCGUUUUCCUGUCCUUGAUAUUCUUCGUACAAAGAAAAAAGUGUCUAGUCCUUUAUGUUCCAUGCCUCUUCCGGCUCAACUGUGUACCUACUCCACACCACUGCCGGGAUUGAAAGUUUUUUUCUGGUGUGAUUGGUUUAUGAAGCAAGCAAAAAUAUGUUGUUGUAUGUCGAUUUGUGAUGGAGCUCAAUGCUCUGUUAUCCUAUGUAACCAUGAAUACCAAGGUUUUGUGUUGUAAGAUAGCAUAUAGCAUGAACCAGGAGAUUGCAAGAGAGAGCUAAUCACUUUCAUAAGGAAAUUUUCAUUGUCAUAUUUGUUGAUUUCAUUUAACCUAUGUUUGAUGUUACACUUGACAAUUCAUAUUUGUAAUGUUUUGUAUCAUUAUUUUUAAACAAAAAUAA